AUGUCGUACCUGAAGAUUAGCGAGGACCCGAGAACGGGGACAGACCAGAGCUCUGCUACGUUCUGGAAACGCAUCCACGAGCAUUUCACGGCUGCCCGGCCAGCAGGAUCGGUAGUGAGAGAAAUUCGUUCGUUGGAGUGCAAGUGGUCGAAGAUCUCUGGCCAAGCUAAGCUUUUCUCGGCAGCGAUGGACAAGGUAGAGCGCCGGUCUGGAGCGAGCUUUGAAGACGAGAUCCAAGACGCACAGCAGAUCUACAUGAGGAUGGAGGAUCGCGAUGGCGUGACAGCGACCAAGCCGUUCAAGCUACUGCAUUGCUGGCGAAUCCUGCGCAGCGAACCGCUGUGGACUUCCGUUCAUGAUAGUCAAGGCACAACAACGGGGGGUGACGCAAUUAACAGCGAGAGUACGGCUCGUGGCGCGCGCCCCCAAGGCAGAAAGGCAUCAAAGGAGGAAGCAAAGGCAGUUGCCUCCACCUCCAGCUCAAUUGCAGAAUUGGCCAAGGCAAACGCAGAGAUUGCAGCGGCAAGCAAAAAGCGAGCACGCGCCAUUCAAGACGCUUGUGACGUGGCACUGUUUACAGUAUGUCUUGACGAAUUGGACCCUGACUCUCGGCGCUUCUUUGAGCUGCGUCGUCGUCAAGUUCUUGGAAGACUUGAGAGAUCCCAUGCGUCGUCGAGAGAAACUGUAGUAGCGGAAGCCUCAGUACUUGAUGGAAGUGGUGACGGCUGUGAUGAUCAAGAUGAUACAGAGCUCGGCGUUUAUACUGCAGCUGCUUAG